GAGAUGCGGGGCAUGAUCUCAGGGCUGCUGGAAUCAGUGUGGGAGCUGACGGACACCACAGGGCUGCGUAUGGUGAGCCAUGACAGCAUGCGCCAUGUCUGGGAAGUGCAGCAGAAGCACCUGGAGUGCCUCCAAGACCCUGCAGGUGUGGCACUGUACACGAAGGUGGGGACACUCCAGAAGGGCGGCAAAGAGCUGGACGUCCUAAGGUGUGGUAGGGGGUCCUCCUCCCUGGAGAGUUUUCACAGACACCAGUGCGCUUUUAUUCCAGGCUGGCGGUGCAAUGCUGUUCAUACACAGAUGUACAUGCUGGAGGGAGUAUCGAGGUGGAACGUGGGCCGGGCCAAGGAGGCAGUAGAUGUGGAGGGGGCCUCAACCCUCAGAAGCUUCGAUGUCCGCUUGAUGUCCCACCUCAGCAACUUAAGCCAGCGCGUUCUUGGUUCCACUCUGGUGCCAGAGUUCACUCCACCCGGGAAACCUACUAGCGAGCGCAUAGCAGUGGAGUAUUUAUUGGCCCAGACCAACAGAGGUGACCUGCUGGCUCCAAAUCAGGUCCCUGAGGUCCCCUCGCAGGUACUUGAGGAGGAGGAUGAGCCGGAUGACACCAUCAGCAUGACUGACAUUCUGUGCCAGUCAGCUGCGAUAGGGGCUGGUGAUCCUCCAGGUGCUGUGGUGGGUGACGCUGAACCCGGACCCCUCGUCACACAGGUGCAGGUGCUUGAGGCGGAGGAGGAGCCAGAUGACACCAUCAGCAUGACUGAUCACACAAGUGAUCCUCCAGGUGCUGUGGAGGGUGACGAUGAACCCGGACCCCUCGUCACACAGACCAGCCAAUGUGACUCAAGGGGCGUUGUGGGAUGGGAUGCGGUUGAUAACCUGGCAGGCUACCUAGUUGGCUUGAAUCGCACCAUCACUGCCUUGCAAUUGAAGGAGGAAGCGGACAUAGUCCAGCUAUAUACAGCUCUCCAUGACAUGGACAAGAAGCAUUCAAGCUACACCCAGAAGGCUAGAAAGAAAGGACAGGCAUCAGGAGGACCAUGGAGAGCACCGAGGAGGCCGAGUGGCUCUGCUCCUGGACAGCAGGCGGCAGAGAGACUAUACAUGACUCACGGCCAAGCAGCCCAGGAUCCAGAACACCACAGGGUCAGUGAGUGUGUCUGCCUCAGACUGGCCAAGGUGUUCGAGCAGUCCCGCAACAGGCCCAAGGACACGAGGGGGAAAACCCUGCCCAUCCCUCAGUCAAUUGUGAGCAUUUACAGCCACAUUAGACAGCUGCUGGAGGACAGCAGAGUUAUCGUGGUCCAGACGGCGCUGGCUCUGGUGCCGGUGAACAACACCACGGUCUCUGCAUGGCUGCUUAGGAGGGACAAGAGGAAGGACAGGAACAUGCUGCUGCAGGGCAAUGUUCUCCCUCAACAGCUAUACCUGGCCAAGGAGCCUCUCCCUUGAACAAACACUCUCCCGGCUGCCCCUGUGCAACAUGCACAUGAGAUGAUAUUUGAGGAGCCCGAAAACCGUGGGGGGGAAGCUUUCCCCCGCCAGCGCACUCUAGCGGCAAACAAGCCUACUGUCAUCUCUCCGCCACCUCCACCUCCCCAGUUCAAUCCACAAUUUGGGCCAGCUCCUCCUUUUUCAUAUGCUCCCCCAUUUCCCCACUUUCCAUUUCCCCAUGCUCCUCCUUUUCCGUAUGCUCCCCCCUAUCCGCACAUUCCAUUCACCCAUGCCCCUCCUAUGCCGCAUGCUCCCCCAUUUCCAUCUGCACAUGAUCCUCCUUUACCUCAGGCUCCUCAAUGUCAAGCUCCUCCAGAGUGCCUUCCAGGUGCCCAGCCAAGGCAACGUACCUGGAGGCUGAACAAAGCUGCCCAUGAGGAUGAGGAUCUAAUGGCAAGGGGGGAACCGCCACGGAAGAGGCUGACGAAGGAAAAGUACCAUUACACCUGCAAGAAGUGUGGCUUGGACAAAAACAAAAAAACCGGACACACCCAGCUGAAGGGGCGGUGGUACUGUCCAGAGUCAGGACAGACCCUGGAUGACUGGAGGAAGAGUGUAGGCCUUUAGUCACCAUUACUUGUCUCUCUCUCUGUUGUUUGUCGGUCUGUCUCUGUGUUGUUCGUGUCUGUCUCCCUGUCUGAUCCCGACCAAGGCCUCGUAAGCCAGGCCGGUAAGUAUUAUUUUUUUUGGAUACGCCCACACCUGCUCCACUAGUUGGGUGUUGCACUGGUGUGUGUGUGUGUGUGUGUGUGUGUGUGUGUGUGUGUGUGUGUGUGUGUGUGUGUGUGUGUG